AUUGUGGAUUUCAGAAAAAUAGUGAUGUUUUUGACAAAACAAAAAAAAGUCUAGUGAGUUAGUUUUGGAAAAUGUGAUGUGCUUGUGUGCCUAUUUGCGGCGAUGCUAUAAUUAGCCUUCAUGGCCACGCAAGCUGCAGACUGAUUGGAAACAGUAGUGUCUUAUGGCCGGUGCACCACCCCAGGAGUCCAGCAGCACAGAAAGAAAACACUGAGCAAACACCCAUAAUCCAGUGUCCGGCAAAGACUAAAUCCACUGAGGAAUCUACUGUUGGGAUGCUGGCUGUGAUGACGGAAGACUUUUGCGGCUUGCUUUGAGCAAACUCUUUCAUGCGGACAUUUUUAAGAACAUAUGCUGGACAAGCAGCUGAUUCUGAGUGAAUGCAUGUGGACACUUACAGCUUGAGAAGAUGAGCUCCAGAAGGCUGAUAAACCGUUCACUCUCCACUGAUGGAAGGUCUUACAGCAGUGGAUACAGUGAUAUCAGCUCUCAGAGCAGGAGAGCUGGCUGUAGGAGCUACCUGAGCAGUGUCCGAUCUGAAAGCAGCUAUGCUGGCCAUAGACUCUCUCAGUUCAAGCCAUCCAGGAGCACUCUGUGCAGUGUCAUGGCUCAAUUAACCGAAGAGAUACAGCCAACAUUUGAGUCCACCUUAAAAUCCAAAGCAGUGUCUGAAGAGACUAAUGUCAAGUUCAGCUGUGUGGUUUCAGGCUACCCAGUUCCUGAGGUAACAUGGUACAAAGACGACAUCCAGCUGGACAGAUACUGCGGCCUGCCCAAAUAUGAAAUUUCACGUGAUGACAAGACACACACACUCCAAAUAUACAACUGCUCUCUGGAUGAUGCUGCAAUUUACCAAGCUUCAGCACAGAACAGUCGAGGCAUCGUAUCCUGUUCAGGAGUGUUGGAAGUGGGAACAAUGAGCGAGUACAAGAUUCAUCAAAAUUAUUUUGCAAAGCUUAAGCUGCGAAAUGAGAACCGCCGCCGUGAACAGGAGGAGACUCAAAGAACAGGUAUAGAAACUGUCCCAGCAUCCUCUGAGCACAUCAGGAUGAGCAGCCCUGAAAGAGUACAGCCAAAUUGUGAAGCUCACAGUCCUUCAGAGAAUAGAGGGGUGGAGGUGGACGCUCUCGGUCAAACACCUUCAUUAGGGGACAGACUCAGUGCUCCUAAUCAAGAGUCAGCAGCAGUGCCUCAUGGCAUCUCGAAUUCUGAAGAGAUCACAAACAGAGAAAAAGACAGACAACAGCUAACGUAUAUCCAUGAUACUGUAAACAAUGCCACAAGUGAACAGAUUAAUGAACAUGUUAAGAAGAAGGUCAAAAUCUCAACUGAGAGAAGAAAGGAAAAUAGACCAAAUGGAAGAAGGGAAGAGAUGGUGAUUGAGAGUGGGACAUCCGUUAAGGAGACAGAGGUACAGAUGGUUUCAGAGACUGAACAAAGAAACAAAAUGGACAUAACAGACAUAAAACAGAAAGAAAAUCUGUUGGUAAAAGCUGACAUAGAUGGCUCUGAAGAAACAAAGAAAGCUCAGGGAGCUCAAAUUGCCUCAACGAUUAAAUCAAGAAACAAAAUAGAUAUAACUAACAGAAAGAAAACUGAAGAAGAGUCGUUAAAAGUGAAUAAAACUGCUAUCGAACAAUCAAAGAGAGGUGCUCUCAACAGCUCGGUGACAGAAUCUAGGAACAAAACAGUGAUAGCAAAAACAAAGACAACUGAAAAACAGUUAGUAAUGUUGAACAAAAGUGCCUUGAGAGAAUUAAAGACAGCCAGUGAUGUUCAGAUGACCCCGGAGACUGAAACAAAAAGCAAAAAUGAUGUAACAAACACAAAAAUCUAUGAAAAAACUGCAGUUAAAGUGAACAAUAAUGCGUCAGAGGAAUUAAAGAGAACUCAGAUUGCCUCAGCAAUUGAACCUAAAAACAAAACGGACAUAACAGAAAGAAAAACAACUGAGAAACUUACAGAGAAAUUGAACAAAAGUGUAUCAGAAGAGUUAAAGAAAGUUCAGGAUGUUCCAAUGACUUCAUCUCGAAACAUAAUGGACAAAACUGACAUAAAACAGACUGAAAAUCCAUCUGUGAACACAAACAAAAGUGUUUCAGAAGAAUCAAAGAGAGCUCAAGGUGCUCAGAUGGCCUCAGUGACCGAAUCUAGAAACAAAAUGCUCAGUAAAGUCACAAAAACAACUGAAGAAACACCAGUAAAAGUAAACAAAUGUGCCUCAGAAGAGUUAGAGAUAAGUCAGAGUGCUAAGAUCACCUCAGCGAUGGAACAUGGAAACAAAGUGAACAUCACAGACACAAGAAAGAGUGACAAAUUGUCAGCAAACACAAAUACAAAAACAAGUGUCACAGAAGAAUCAAAAAAUGCUCAAGAUGCAAAGAUCGCCUCAGUGAUUGAAUCAAAAGCCAAAAUGGAUGUAAAAGACACAAUAAAGAGUGAAAAACAGUCAGUAUAUACAGAUGAAAAUGUUUCCAAAGUAUCAAAUAAAGCUCAAGAAGCUCCGGGAGCCUCAGUGUCUGCCAAAGCCAAAAUGGACAAAACAAACACAAAAAUCAGUGAAAAACAUUCUGUGAACCCAAUCAAACAGGUUUUUGGACAAUCAAAGAAAUUUCAAGGGUCUCCAGAAACAUCAGUGUUUGAAUCUGAAACCAAAGUGGACAUAAUAGACACAAAAACAACUGAAAAACAGUCUGUGAGCACAAACAAACGGGGUUAUGGAGAAUCAAAGACAGUUCAGGGUGCUUCAGAAACAUCGGUGACUGAAUCAAAAGCCAAAGUGGACAUAACAAAAACAAAAACUGGUGAAAAACAUUCUGUGAACCCAAAAAAACAGCUUUACGGACAAUCAAAGAAAUUUCAAGGGGCUUCAGAAACAUCAGUGUUCAAAUCUAAAACAAAAGUGGACAUAAUAGACACAAAAACAAAUGAAAAACAGCCAGAGACAAUCAAAGAAAGUGCCUCAGAAUCAAAGAAAGUCCUAAAACCCAUUCCAACUCAGAAUAACACUUUGCUGAAGACUUCCACAACAAACCAGAUAAACAAGGUUGUCGAAAAUCCAAACCCAACUAAAUCAUCUGACACGCAACUUCAAGAAUCACUAGAGAAUGGCAAUCUAAGACAUGCAGACAACAAGCACGUUGACUUUGAUGACCACAGAAAUAGAAACCAAGUAGGUACACGAGUGAAGAUCUUGCCUCAUUCUUGUGGCGGGAAUGACGUCAAUGUGGACACAGGGGAGAGGAAUGUAUCUGGACGCCCUCUUCGGGGCUCGGUUGUAGCUGAUACUCAAACCAAGCCCACAGAGCCACUAACUCAUGAAGAUGUUCUAACUCAUAAGGAAGUAGCCAAGGAGUUAAAAGAGCAACCCACAUUAAUGUGCCAGGCCACUGCAAGUGCCAAUGCCAGUGCCAGUGCAUUACAGGAACAGAAGCUGACAGCAGGUGACCCGUCUGCGGCAUCAACAAAGCGCAAUACACUUGUCACUGGGCCUCAAAACACUCAGCCGAGUGACAAAAUCUCUUCAGGUCAUGUUUCAAUCAAGCUCCAAAAUGGCCAAGUUCCCACAGCAAUGAGUCCCUCAUUAGGAGAUGAAACAUUAACCAACACUUGUAAGAAGGAAAGCAAAGCUGAAAACCAACUCAUUAAAGAGUCAGAUAAACCCAAUAGUGAAACAAGACCUGCAUCUCAACAAAAUAUGGAAGAAAAUGAGAUCAACUCAAAUGUGCAGAGCAGCACUUCUAAAGAGAAGUCGACAGCGAAAUCAAACCAUUCCACUAUUAAAGACUUUGCUGCAGAAUCUGCACAAAUUUGCUCAGAUGUAAUUCAACAACAGACCAUGAAUGGGUCUUCAAUCAAAGAAACUAAUGACAGAGAACGUCAGAGAUCUUCUCUUAUAGCUACAGACAAUGUUGUUAAAAUGAACAUAAAGGAACAGUCUAAUGCAACCACAUCUGAAGCACCCCAAAAAACUUAUUAUGAGAUACAAAGUUACCCUAUACAAAAAGCUAAUGAUCAUUCUGGACCCUCUACAUUCCUCUCCCAACAUUCAAAAGCUUCAGCCACAGAAUUUACCAUUCCUGCAAUAUAUAUUACAGAUGUAGAUAGCACAUCUCAAAAUAGCAAUGUUGAAAUGAGAACUGAAGUAAAUGCAGUAACCUCUAAUGUGACAAAUACUUCCAAUCGCACAGACAGCAUUAACAAAACCACAGCCGUUAUUCAAUCUAAAAGUCUGCGUAAUGAGAAGUUUGAUCUGUCCCAGAAUUCACAAGUCUCCGAAGUCAACAAGCCUGAUCAACCACUACUAAGUCAAGAAAAUCCAAUUCAAGUAUUAUUAAAUCAUCGUUCCUCUGAAAAGAUUGCAUCAGACUUUACCACACAAAAAGACGACACUAUCCAAAAUCCAAAUGCUGACAGAUGCAUCAAGUCAAACGAAUCUGAUUUAACUGAAACCAGUGAUCUUACAAAAACAGAUCUUACGUUUAAAACUGAUCCUGGCUCCUUCAUAAAACUAUUGAGGUCAGCUGCAUUUGAGCUUGAGGUGUCAAACCGAUGUUCUACGUUCACCGCAGCACCUCAUACAAACUAUAAAGACAACAAUGAACGUGAGGAAGAAGUCAGUUCUGCAGAAGUACACACUGAAACUUGCAAAGUUACAAUCCCAUUGAAUAAUACAGGCAAUCGGGUGUUCAACUCUACCCAGAGUGAACUUACCACCAGCACAGAUCAAACCACAUCAUUCCCCAAGAUUAAAACAGACAAAAGUGAAACAGGAAUGGCCAAAUUUAUUGAAGAAGCAAAUAUGGAUACAUUUCAGGGGGACAAAUUGAAAUCACAACCUGCAUCUACAUCACAAUCAGUCAGUAUCUCACCACUGAUGACAUCAUUAGAAACGCAGUCCCCUCGCCUCACCAGGAGGACUGUCCUGAAUGACCAGCCAAAACCUGUGGGAAUUGAGAACGGCAAGCCUAAAUCAACAGAGAAAGACAAAGAAAAUCAGUUCAAAGUUCCUCAGGUUAUCCGCAAAAUCCGACCAGAGGUGUUUGAUGCCUCUGGACAUCUGAAACUCUGGUGUCAGUUUUUCAACAUAGUAAGUGACUCAACCAUAAGGUGGUUCAAGGAUGAAGUGGAGAUCGCUGAAAUAAAAAGAAGUGCAGGAGAUGAGGCUCAAGUGUGCUUAGCUAUUAUAAAGAUGUCCAAAAGAGACAGUGGAGUCUACAGAUGCACCAUUACCAACGAAUAUGGCAAAGACUCCACAGAGUACCAUCUCAGCACAGAAUUUCUUUCUAAUAUGUUUGUGCGUGAGGAGCACCAGGAAGUUGGGGAGGAGAUUGAGAUGACUCCACUAAUCUUCAGUAAAGGUCUUUCCGAUGCAGGCGGCUGGGGCUCAAAGUUUUAUGGCCGCGUCACAACAGAAGAAGCUCAGGUUGGACUGGGAUGCGAACACAAAACCAGACGCCUGAAAGUCAUCUAUGGGUUAGAUCCUGUGUUUGAGUCAGGCAGCUCGUGUUUUAUGAAAGUGCGGAACCCAAUUGCAUAUGAGAGCAGAGAGGAGAUAGUUUUGGCUGAAAGGAAUCUCCAAAUCACAAAACAGGAGUGUCGGAUUCAGAACAUGGCCAGAGAGUAUUUCAAAAUCUUUGCUGCAGAAACGAGGGUGAUAGAGAGCUUUGGUGGAGUGCUGGAGGUAAUUCCUCUCUACUUCACGUACUGGCCAGCAAGCAGUGUUCCUUAUGCAACAGUGGAGGCAGAGCUUAAAGGGGUCUAUGUGCGAUAUUGUGGAUUGGAUCGCAGUGGAUCACUGGUAAUCAAUGAGAAGUCAGAGGUGGGACAAAAGUGCUCAUCUCUCCAGCACUGGAUCCACCAGUGGACCAGCGGAAAUGUGCUGUUCUCAAGACUUGAGGGAGUUGACACAAUACUGACAAACAUUGGAGUAGCAGUCAGGUCAAAGGGGUAUCAGGGUUUUCCCUGUGAAGCUAAUCUACGGGUUUUUGAGCAGUUCCAGAUUCAGCAUCAGUGUAAUUACUUCUGUGGACUCUUAAACCUCAGAUCUCUCAAAACCCCAGAAACCCUUCAGACUCCACCUCGAUCCAAGGGCUCCAGCAGCCCGCUGCUACAACGGAGAACUGCAGACAAUUCCUCCAGUCCCCAAAUUUCACGCAAGGCCACUAAAAGCCCAAAACUGUCCCGCAAACCGAACCCUCAGACCUCCACCUAACUCAAAAUGAAAAUGUUUUAAUUAAGCCAAAAUAUGAAGAUCUGUCUGUUACCGAAGAUCACACUGAUCUGCAGUUAAAAUACAAUCAUAUCAGAAUACACUUUUUUUAUGAAAUGUGUGAAUCCAGAAACAUAACAUAUAUUUCCAGUUGCAGUGAUCCCAGCAGAAUCCAUUGUAAAGCUGUAAAGCUUUUGUAUGUAUGUUUUUUGUUUUGUUUCUUAAGAAAGUUUAAUGCUAUUGGUUAAUGUCCUUUUUUUGUAAAUAGUGAUUAAAAACAUGAAUUUAGAUUAAGUUAUUAUUGACCUUUUACUGCUUAGAUUAUUUCCAUUUGUUAAUUGAACAUGGAUAAUGUGUCCCUUGAAAUAUAUAUUUAAGAAAUUAAAUUAAUGAACGCUCAUUAAAAUGCCUCAGUAUUUCAUAAUACACACUCUAAAAUA